GACUGACAACCAGACGAAUAGAAAGGAACGACAUUGAAGAAGACACAUCUGUGCCAUGUUGGCCGAAGGUUUUCUCAGAGUUCAGCAUUACAGGGAGGAGAAGAAGCUUGCCUCUGCUUCUAAACCACACAACACGCAGACACAUGGUGCGGAUCAGGUCAGCUGUAUUCUCACCAGCUCUGACUCUACAGAUUCACUUUCAUAUUCAACCGAAGCAGGUCCAAUUCAGGAAGAGUUAGACUCCAACCAACCACAGGUACUGAGAGUGGGGCCUCCAGACCCCAUAGGCCUCUCAAUCCCUGGCUUUCCACCUACCCUCACCCUGGACCAGGACCAGGACUUCCCAGUUUGCAUCGACGACUGUAGCCUGUUGCAACAGUAUCCAGACCUACAGGUGGCCGACUCAGGCCGCAUCUCGCACAACCCGGUAAGAGCUGUUAUCGCCCAGCAUGGUUUGUACCCACCUGCCUCUGAAGUUCAACAUCACGCAGAGUGGGCGGCCCAGCAGGAGCCGCAGAGGGAGCCUGUUUUAUCCGUACCAGACCAAGGAUAUCUGGUCAUGGGGGCCAAUGUGAACGUAAGCCUGGGUCUGCCUGGAUCUGGCUUGGAGCCCAUGUCAAACUCGAUUUUGAAUGGGCUGCUGGAGAAACAGCUGGAGGAGGUGUACAUGCAGCACCUGACCGACAACAUGGCUCGAUGCAACUCGUACCUGGAGAACAGCCUCCUGCACGGCCUAGUGCUGCCGCUGCAGGGCCCCGACUCACUGGAGGUCAGUCUGGAGGAAGGACCAGGAGGAGGAGCGGAAAAGAAGAUCAGUUAUCUGAGCACCCAGAACUUAGUUCCCUACUCGUCUAACUUCAGCUCCCCUGUGCUGAGGAUUUCAGAGAGUUACAAUACUCAUCUGAAAUGAAACAAGAAGGAACCCAUCCUGCAAAAUUAAAUGUAAUCCUCGCUAUUGCUCUAUCUUUCUAUUGUUGAUUCUGUUAUUCACAAUCACAUAUCAUAUUCAUAUCAGCAGAUUGUAGAAUGACACAGAUCAGUAAAAAAUUAGCAUUUUUGAUUUCCUGCUCCUGUA